AUGAUAUCGUUGACCGUCGGAUACGUCUCCGGUAUUAUAGCUGCCGCGAUUUUCCUUCUCCAGUUUGUGAUCCCGAAUGCCCUGAUUGUUGUGUUGGUCGGGCUCCUCAAGGACGAACACACCACAGUAACGUGGUCAGUGGUGGAGCGAAGUCUGUUAAGUUCGCUGUGGCCAUUGUUUCUGCGCGCCGAGUCCACCGCAAGCAGAGGGGUUGAUCGGCGAGUCAGACUCCUGACAUGGUUGAGACCACUGGCUCUGGGUCUUGUAACCAUAGCAGCUGUUGUGACCCCGUUGGGACUUUAUGACGAUAUUGUACCAUCCAGACAGGAACAGAACAUCGAGUUUGCGUAUAUGCAGGACUCUGGCCCUAUGGGAUAUGGGACACCUGAACGUGCCUCCAACAGCAUAGGUUAUACACGAGUUUGUGGUUCGCGUCUCCCAAUGCAGUGUCCAGGGACUACCGUGGAGAUCACGUUCUUUAGCAACGAGACUUAUUAUGAAGCGAAUAUCACCAACGACGACUACGACAUACGAGUACCACGAGCUCUAGCCGAGAUCUACCAGAGCGGUCUAGCUGAGCAACCACAGAGUGUAUCAAGCUUCUUUGACAUUCAAUCGAGACAGUAUUCAUUUCAAAACCAGAGUGGAAUCCUGAACAACCAGAAAUAUGUCGUUGAAUCCUUCCGAUUUCUUACCAGUAUCAUUUUGAAUGACGCCAUCGAGCCGGUCGAGGGCCUUGUGGUGGACACCCAGACUGGAGGAAUCGCUUUCCGGAACCAUACCGUGCCGCUGGGGAUGAAGUUUGGCGCUGAGUGGACAGAGGACCUGCUCUGGGUUGAGCCUGAAACAGCUUGUGUGAACACCAAUAUUUCGGUUGAGUUCAAAAUCCCUUACACGGGCAUUUCAAGCUUCAAUUUAGAGAAUAUAUCGUUGGUUGAUGACGGGGGUUUCGCCAACUUGGUUCAGCAUUGGCCUGUUGUCGAUGUAUGGAAUGCCCAACGCGAACCGAAUCUUCGUAACAGGGCUUAUAAAGCGGCCUGGAUGACAAAUGCAUAUACCAUGCUUGUUAUGAAUAUAACUCGACCCGCUCCUGACGCUUUCGCUUACUUGAAUUCCAAGAUCGGGGACAAAUUUCCAGUUACUGACGACCAGACGACAGGAGCCAAGGUGGGAGGGAUAUUUAUGGAAAAUAUGUUCACCUCGCUCUUGAAUCCUGAUGGCUUUUUGUCCAACACAAGCAUUGCAGAAAAUCCCCGGCUGAAUUACUCGAACCCGUUCGGCCUAUCCUUCCAGAACUACACGGAUAUAUCAACGAUAUGCUCGGGAGCGGGGGGUACUGACAAAGCUAAUAUUAGCAACAUUCAUGUAGAGUGCGGCCUGAUAUUUGGCGCAGCGCAACGAAAGGACGGCUCCAAAAGCUUGGUAUUUGAGCCAGAGUCAUGGUGGACACAGCCAGUGUAUAGCUGUGCUAGCACAUCCAAGGCUAGCAUCAAGGAGACUGUCUUCAGGUACAACGUGACGGAAAUGUCUGGCAACACACUCAGGGCUCUUUCGGUUGUCAGUGUGAACGAGAAGAUUUACCCUGACAAUCAAUCGAUGCCUCUCUGGGGUGUAGAAAGUCCGCCUGGAUGGAACCUGAGCGAAAUAAGUCAGCUCUGGGGUCUCAUUUCGCGGGAUAUGGAAAAAUCAGCUAACCUGUCCACGAUUCGCGCCCCUCAUCUUUACCUGCCAGGAAAUGGAGGCUUCUUCUCGACAGGUAUUCCUGGUUCAAGUAACUUACCAGCAGGCGAUGGCAUAACAAAUCUGCUAGCUGGCGUCUAUGGCAACCCCUAUUCCAGUAGUGGUUUGCCUGACUAUACCGGCUCAUCCAACAUGGCGAUGUAUGCUAGAUGGCGAGAUCUCUCAGUCAACGAUGGUUCGAUCAACAAGAUCCCCAACCUCAUCUGGACAGACCUAGCAGCAAACAUGCUUAUCGGUACCAGGAGUUGGGCAUCGGGCAAGGCGCUUCCUUCGAAUCUGCAAAAACGCGAUGAAUCGAACAGCGGUGGUGAUGAGAAGACGACUGUCCCCAUCACCGUGUACAACCGACGUAUUCGGUAUCACUGGCCAUUUGCAAUUCCAGCAUUUGUUUCGCUCUUUCUUUUCGGGGCGGUCGUCAUUGCCGCGGUUGCGUCAUUCGUCUCAGGGAGAGGUGUGCCUGCGCGUGUCCGACAUUAUCUCUUCCACUUGUCUUCAGGGCGACUGCUCGGGGCAAUGCAAUAUCCAGGGGAAUGCGACAGACGCGCACCAAGCAAUGAAUGGAUUGCGCGAGUUGGUAGCAAACCUAGUGAUUUGCGAUACCAUAGGGGCACCGGUGAUGCGAUCGAUUCACUCCUGAAUAAGGAGCCCCUGACUGGCACUGAGAAACCAGAUGGCGUGACACAGGCGAAUGAGGUACAGUCAACAGCCAAAAGGGAUGGAAAGGAUUACCUGCCCCAGCCCGAGUACACCAAAGUGCCGGAAGACGAUCAGGCUCAAGGGCAGGGUCGAACAGAACGAUGA